AUGGCUGACCUCUCCCCUGCCGCGUUUCCGCCCUUAGGCGCUGCAGGCGCCGCCACUCGGCGCCCCCUUGCUUCUCAGACACCGCGCGGAGAAAAAAAGCGAACGUGGGGCGAAGCUAUGCGUUGUUCUUCAGCAUUCGAGAGCAAGACUUUCCGCGCGGCGCUCCCAGGCCUCGACGUCGUCGUCCCGGGGCAGCAGAUUGUCGUUGAAGAGGGCUGCAUGCGCGGCCACGGAACCUACGAGAAAGGCGGUAAAAUCUACGCGGCCGUGUGUGGCAUCCUGGAAAAGGUGAAUAAACUCGUCUACAUCCGUCCUCUUCGAUCUCGCUACGAGGGCAGCGUCGGCGACGUCGUCGUGGGACGUGUCACCGACAUUCUCAACGGAAAGUGGCUGGUGGAUGUGAACGCAGGACAGGCGGCGUCUUUGGCUCUCGCGGCGAUUUCGCUGCCCGAGCAGCGCCGGCGGCUCGACGAUGACAUGCUUGAGAUGCAGACCUUUUUCGUCCCUAGUGACGUCAUCUGCUGCGAAGUCCAGCGCGUCGCAGCGGACGGCCAGAUUCUUCUGCACACUCGCAGUGCGCGCUACGGCCGCUUGCUGAACGGCGUCUUCCUCGCCGUCGCGCCGCAGCAGAUCAAGCGGCAGAGUCACCACAUUGCCCAGCUCACCUGCGGCAUUCAAAUCGUCCUCGGCCUCAACGGCUACAUUUGGAUUUCGCUGCCAGCCAAGACGUCCACGAAAGACUCGUUGAACUACGCGCAUGUGCAGACCACGCACGAGAGCGUCUCGAAGGAGAGACGACUUGCCAUCAGCCGCGUCCGCAACAUCAUUCUCUGUUUGGCGAAGAGCAACUUCGACAUUUCCAUCGCUGCCAUUGAGCGCAUGUACGAGAUCUCGGGGUCGCGGGGCUGGGAAGCCAAGGACCUGACUGACCCGCUGAUCAUGGAACAGCUGGUUGAGGCGUUUCUCGCGUCUAGACUGGGGGACAACGUAUAG